AGCAUUUACUUUUAUGCAUCCUCUCUUUUCCACCCUUGCUUUUCACUUGGGUAUUUUGUUUUUGUUGGUGCAGAUCUGAUACAUGGAUUCUCAAGGCUUCUCCAACCAUUGGGGGUAUCCACCACCACCGGAGUGGUUUUACCCCGAGACCACCUGGAGCACUCAAGGAGGAGGAGACUAUGGAGUCGGGUUUCAGUACCAACCCCCCUACUACGAAGAACAAUCUCCUUAUCAAGAAGAAUUCCUCUCACAACCAGAAGGACCAUCAGAUCUGGAUUUAGCCAUAGCCCUCACGGGCCAUCCAGCAGAGCCAUGUUACACUCCACAGCCAGAUCCAAACUAUCACUUGAGGCUUCUCGUGGAGCAUAUUGCUCAAGUACCUGAGAGAUCCUUUCCCGAGAUGGAUCCUCAUAUCCAAGCCAUGGCCCAAACUGACUUCUCCUUUCCCCGUGAAACAGAGGAGACCCUUCAAAGCAUAAAGAAGCACAUAGAGGUCAUUGAGAAAGCUUGUGCACAGUUUUCUCAAGACAACCUUUAUGCUACAAUACAAGCAGAGAAGGAGGAAGAAGUCAAUCAUGAGGAUGUCGUGGAGCAUACAGAAGUUGUCACGAAGAGCUCCCGUGAUGAUCAUGAUCAGAAAUGUCCUGUUGUAGCAGCCCAUCCCUUUCUGCACCCUACACCGAGCGCUGAAGAGGCGGGCAUGAGUGAGGAGAUGCAGGCUGAUCUUAUUGAAAAGAUUGCAUGGCGACUUGCUCUCCAAUCCGUGCUAGAAGAAGAAGAGCAAGAAAGGAUGAGGAAAGAAGCUGUGGAGGAUGACGGAAGUGAAUUAGAGGAAGUCCUUGAUCUUUUCCCAGGGGAGGAAUCAAAUUCUGAGGAAGGAAGGGGGGUUGAAGAAGCGAGUGGUGUCCAGGCUGAGGAUGAAGUUGAGGUGGAAGAGGCUUGCACCGGCCAUGAGUUUCAUGUGAUAUCUCCACCAAACUUCAAGGAGCUGCUUGGCAAGGACCCAUUUGCAGUGUGUCUUUGCCAGACCAAGGCCACAUCGACAUCGGUCCCUCUUGGUGGACGCGAUGGUGGUCAGUCGAUGUUUUCAUAUCUGGUUUGGGGCAAUGAGACGAGUGAGGAAGAAAAGAAGAGGACUCGCGGGUGGAGACUUCAUAUUAAUCAAGUAUACGAGUCUACAUCACUUGUCAUACCACCUGCUUGUGACUUGAGACUCCACAUCAUUAACGAGAAACUCAACUUCAAGGAGGUUCUAGCAUGGACCAAAACUUAGGAGCCACCGUCCGGCUCAUGACGGUAAAGAAGCGCUUGUGGGGAGGCAACCCCACCAAGGUUUGUUUUUCUUUCGUUUGUUUUUCGGUUUGUCCACUUGGAACUAUGGUUUUUAUCACCUAGUGUGUUUUGAUGACUCUAGCACUGCUGACUGGUCCAUUUCCAGUCCUCCGAUAGUCCAUAUUCACGGUAACAUCGUUUCCCCUUGUCUUUCCCUCUGCUCCAUUGAGGGCAAUGUCGUGCUUAAGUGUGGGGGGGGGGGGGGUUUAUCUGUUGUUGACUGCUAGAUGAGUUUGUGUGCUUGGAGCCUAGUCCACUGUCCAAUUUGAUGAAUUGAGGGCUCCAAGUACUGUUCCCUGCAAAAUCCUGCUCAGUAUGCUUUGAAUUGACAGUCUUUAUGGUGAUAUGCAACCUAGGGAGGUAGUUGUAGCACUAUGGAGGAUGUUGAAGUAUACGAUUUUUCCUAUCUAACUCUCUGCUGUGCCGGUUGAUUUUGUGAACUAGUGGAUUUAGGAGCGUUGAUUCAUGUGGUAUUGAUGACUCCUCUUAUGCUGUGUUGUGUGCUCGUGUAUCGAAAAGGGUGCUCAAGUGUGAAAUGAAAAAGCUGUUGGUCCUCCAUGUCAAAAAUUUGAAAUUGUAAGACAUGGGGUAAGCCCAACGUGUGUGGCACCGUUCAUUGCACAAAAUCGGGUUUUGGAAGAGAUUUUAGUGAUCCUUGGUGGGGUAGGUCUACAAGGUGAAGCUAAGUUGUCUCUAGUACAAGUAAAAUUUCCACCCGUUGAACGGUUUGCCUACUUGAGGAUGUGUUUUUAAGGGCACGGAUAGAGCUUCCGACCCCCCUUAAUUUCAUUGACCCUCCACACGAAGUGAGGAAUAAGAGUUAAAAGAAGUA